ACUAGCUCAGUAUUGAAAAUACAGCCAAUCUGCGAUACUUAACUUGUGAGGUUCAAGUUUUUGUAAAACUUGUGUACAUAUUAUUUGUGUGAAUAUUUCGCAUUUCAUCAACAAUUAUUGGUAACAUGCAGACAAAUAUUUGAGAAUUCAAAGAAUCGAACACCGUAUCCUGACGGAAAAAACAUCAUACAUCUUGAACUCGUCGAAAAAAUGUACCUGUAUACAGCGAUUUUUUUCUCGAUAUGUUUUUUUCAAAGUAAUCCGGAAGCAGAAUCCGCCAAAAUACUGUAUAUUUAUCAAAUGCGAAGUAGAAGUCAUCUUUCCAUAAACCAACCAAUUGUCAAAGGCUUGGCCUCUAAAGGUCACCAAGUCAUCGUAAUCAGUCCUUUCAAAUCAAACGACAAUAAUGUGCUAAAUUGUACGGAAAUUCUCAUCUCACAGACAGGGGAACUUGCGGAUUGGAUUGACACUCUUUCUAUCGAAGAUAGUGUUGAUUACGUAGGAGCUCGAAAAAUUCUGAAAAGAUCUGUUCCUACAGGAUUAUCACACUGCGAUGCGGUUCUCGGUGCAGAAUAUGUAAAACGAUUGAUACAUUCUAAAGAUAAUGGAAUCGAUUUAAUUAUGGCUGAAAUUUAUCAUAUUCAGUGUAUCCAUCUAUUGGCGUAUAAAUUAGACGUCCCUUUGAUAAUUGUCCAACCUUUGAGCAUUCACAUAGGAAAUGACUAUUUCGUUGGAAAUCCAUUCGUUCUAUCUACUACACCAAUGAGCUUCACGGCAUUAACAACAAAAAUGAAUUUUUGGCAACGUUUUGAAAAUGUUUUUGAGUAUGCGGUGACAUACUGGUACCGUAAACUGGGGUAACAUUGAAGGAUUUUUCAGUAUUUUUUAUGUUUUAGAGGUAUGAAUGGCGGAGGUAGGGGAAAUGUGUGUGGUGCUUUUGAUAAAGCUAUGUCAGCACUACGUUUUGGCGGUUACAGAAGUUGCCUACCUUUUUCCUGUCAAGCGCAAGAGCCAAAAGAAGUGCCCUUCAAAGUUACCCAGCGUUUGGGGUAACUUUGAAGACCCCUUGAAAUGUGCUUCAAUCAAGGUCAAAAAUUAUCAAAAACAUGAGUAUUCACUUUUUGGUCACUUUAUACGCGUCAAGUACUUACAAAAUGAUCCAUAUUCACAAUUGAAUUUAUGAAAGAGUGCUCCAAAAUGAUAAUUUGGAAUUUUUCUAGUUUUCAGGCGUUUUUCAUGCAUUUUGGCCAAUUUGAUCCAAUUUUAUGAUUUUUUAAUGAUUUUAGAGCUGUUUUUCAAGUUUUCACAUCGUUUUUAACAAGUUUACAAGCAUUUUCAUGCAUUUUCGUCCAAUUUUACCAAAAUUUCAUGAUUUUUUUAUAGACUUCAAAGUUACCCCAGUUUGAAUAUUAUUUUUUUACUCCUCAGGGAACAACUUUGGCACAUGAACAAAUGCGCUAAUUUAUAGUCGGGAGAUGUACCAACACAUCUAUAAUGUCACUUGACUCGUCCUUUGAAAAUUCAAAAUUCCAGACACCAAGCUUUUCAUGUUAAUUAAAAUUGAUAAAAACAGCACUUUUUUUCGCUUGCUUUUUCACUGGUGUUGGAACCACUAGUUGAAAAUGAUAAAAUAGGAAAAAUAAUCGCCAAAGUGUACUCUAUCCAUUCCCGGUGUCAGAAUUGUUCCAUACUUCAUAGUUCCACCGCCAUGGAGCAUAAUAUGAUGAAAAACCGCACCCUUCAAUGUUACCCCGCGAUUUCAAUGUUACCCCAGUUUACGGUAUCAUAAUUUCAUAUAUAACAAAGAUAUGGCCACGUAUUCCCGUGAACAUUUCAAUAUGGAACUGCCGUCUGAUGAAGAGCUAAACAGAAAAACAGCUAUGGUGUUUUAUGACAAUCAUCCGAGUUUCAUUACGAGACCAAAAUCUCCUAAUGUUAUUGAUAUAGCCGGAAUACACAUCAAAGACCCAAAAAAAUUACCCAAGGAUGUAGAAGAAUUCAUCGAAGGGGCUGCUCAUCGCAGUCAUCAAAGCAAUUCAAUUUGCUAGGCCGACAACCUAGAGAACCUCCAAAGGGUUAAAAUACUCGUAAUGCAUAAAUUAAAGGGUACACGAAGAAAGAAGCAGAUAAAUCGAAAAUGUUCAAAAAAUGAGCUCAGUAUCGAAUUAAAUUCACACCGAGGGGUGGAAAAAUGCGGUCUAUUUAGAUUUUGAAAAAAUUAGCUUUUUUGUGGCAAGAAUGGUCUUUAAAAUCAGAGGAGGCGAGAGAAAUAAGUCGAGACCAAAUCUGAGGCAAAAGGAAACAGUUUUCAGUAUGUUAUCUUGAUACAUUAAUUCGAUUUUCAUCGAAAUUCGAGUUGUAGGAAAACACUGAUUUUUAAUUUUUCGCUAGAGAUUUUUUUCACAAAAAGAGUGAUUUUUCAACUCGUAAUUCAAGUAUCUGUGGAUUUUUCCCCCUAAAAUCUUCGAGUUGUGCUUGUAGGGUGUUGCGUGAUAUAUUUCCGGUCAUCACUUUUACGAAAUUCAAAUUCACUCGAAAAUUGGAGCAUUCUGAAACUUAUAAAAACAUCGCAACACAACAAGUUCAAAAAAGUGACUUGUCUGUCUGGUUCUUUCCAUGAUCUUUGAAAAUUUUGAAAAUCAGUAAAUUGUGUUUCUAUCAAGAUAACACAAUUUUGUUACCAUAUUUCACGAAACGAACGAGACAUUCAAAAGAAAAACCGAGUUGGCAAUCGAUUGCCUCAUAAUGAGACGAAAAAUAGAAUCAACGUUUCUUAACAUAAAAUGGACCGCGUAAAUAAAUUUACACAGUACAAUGUUCAUACUAGUUAGGUAUAGGUAACGAUAAAAGAUAAAAUCCCCUCCAGCCUACCCAGAUAAAAUACCUACAAUAUUUUACAUCAUUUCACAUAAUUUUACUUACCUAUACGUGAAUAUGUAAUUACUAAGCAGCCGGAUGUUAUUCAGAUAACAAAACUUAAAUUUUAUAUUCAUGUUGUAAGAAUUUCAAAUGUUUAGAUUUUAUUAUGUAAAACUAUGGAAAUAAUUUUUACGAAGGAGAUAAGUCAUUUGGUAAAGAUGAGCUGUCGGGAUCGGCACCAGCUCAGUAUUGAGAAUAGGUACAGCCAAUCUGUGAGUGCUUGUGAAGUUAAAUUUUUAGUAAUUUGUAAUACGAUACUCAAGAACCUGGAUACAAUCGCAGUACCUUAUCAUUUUUGUAAAUAUCUCACAUAUCAUCAAUUUAUUCAUUACAAUUGCAGGCUAUACACGUAGAAAUAUUUGAUGUGUAGGUGACACACAAACUAAUAUUUGGGAAUUCAAGGAAUUGAAGACAAAAAAAACACCACAUCUCGAACUCACCGAAAAAAUGUACCUGCAUAAUAUAGCGAUCUUUUUCUCGAUAUCUUUUUUUUAUAGUAAUCCGGUAGCAGAAUCCGCCAAAAUACUGGGUAUUUUUCCAAUACAAAGUAGAAGCCAUCAUUCGAUAAACCAACCAAUUGUCAAAGGAUUAGCCUAUAAAGGUCACCAAGUCACCGUAAUCAGUCCCUUUAAAUCGAAUGACAAUGUACCAAAUUAUAGGGAAAUUCUCCUCUCACAAAUAGUGGAACUUCCGGAUUGGGUAGACACUAUUACAAUUGAAGACAGUGUUAAUUUCAUAGGAGCUCGACAAAUUAUGAAGAUGUCAGGUUAUUUGGAAUCAUCCAACUGCGAUAAGGUUCUCGGUUUGGAAUAUGUAAAACAAUUGAUACAUUCUAAUGAUAAAAAUAAUCAAAUCGAUUUAAUUAUGGCUGAAGUUUAUCAUGUUCAGUGCAUUCAUCUAUUAGCGUAUAAAUUAAAUGUCCCUUUGAUACUAGUCCAUCCUUUGAGCACUGCAAUGGGAACUGACUAUUUCGUUGGAAAUCCAGUCGUUCUGUCUACUACACCAAUGGGGUAUUCGGCGUUUACAACAAAAAUGAAUUUUUGGCAACGUUUAGAAAAUGUUUUUGAAUAUGCGGUAGAAUACUGGUGUCAUAACUUCGUACACAACAAAGAUAUGGCCGUAUAUGCCCGUAAACAUUUCAAUAUGGAAUUGCCAUCAGAUGAAGAGCUUCACAGAAGAACAGCUUUGGUCUUUUAUGACAAUCAUCCGAGUUUCAUUUCAAGAUCAAAGUCUCCCAAUGUUAUCGAUAUAGCCGGAUUACACAUCAAAGACCCAAAAAAAUUACCCAAGGAUGUUGCAGAAUUCAUCGAAGGAGCAGCUCAUGGAGUAAUUUUCUUUUCUUUUGGAACCACAAUUAAAGCAAGCAGUAUAUCAUCUGAAAAACUGCUAGCAAUCAAAUCAGCCUUUUCAGCCGUACCUCAAAGAGUUCUAUGGCGAGUAAACGAUUUGAACUUGACUGAUGUUCCUCCAAAUGUCAAAUUAGGUAAAUGGUUUCCUCAACGAGAUGUAUUAGAGCACAAGAAUGUAAUUGCAUUUAUUAGCCAUUGCGGUUUACAAGGAACACUGGAAGCUAUUCACACUGCAACUCCAGUAAUUGCGAUUCCCAUCGCAUUCGAUCAAUUCCAAAAUGCCAAAGUAUUAGUCGAACGUGAAGUGGGUAUCGAAGUUGAUUAUUUUGAAAUGAAUAAAGAUACUCUCAUCGGUGCCAUUAAAGAAAUCACGUCAAAUACCAAAUACCAAGAGAAUGUGAUUCGGUGGUCAAAUAUUUUCAAAGAUAGACCAGUGUCUGCUCUGGAUGAAGCGUUGUAUUGGACAGAAUAUGUAAUAAAGCAUCGAGGAGCUCCACAUUUGAGAACAGCAGCCGCUGAUACGCCAUUCUAUCAGUACCUUCUCUUGGAUGUACUUGGAUUAUUACUGCUUGUAGUCAUAUGUUUUUUGUACCUUUCGAAAUUAUUUUUUAAAUGCAUUAUUUCCCUCGUAUAUCGGCAGAAAUCGAAGAAAAAUAAAACGCAAUAAAACUAUGUUGAAUCAUACGAGUAAGAAAGAUAAUGGUCUGAAAUAUUCAUGACCAUAAUUUCAAGCAGACGAAACUGAAUUUCGAUUUUUGGCAAAUUCUUGAAAAUCCAAAAACAGCGAUUUCUAGAAAGAGCACGACCGAAUAAGGUAAAAAGCACGAAAGUAACCAAAAAAGUGACAAGACCUGAGAAAAAAAAAUCAAAAAAAAAGUCUUAAAAAACCAAAUAUGUAGGUGUGUAGGUAAUUGAUAUUACAAAUUAAAACGCUCUGGAUUAAAAAAGUAAAGUGUG